AAUGAAAGAAGAAACGCCCCCUCCAUGACUCCACACAUUUGGUCCCAUUACUAUUUGCAGCUAGCUUAGCUUGCUAGUUAGCUUAGCUUGUUAGCUGCUAACAAAGAGACGCGCAAGUUACCUUUACAUCGCUAAGUAGGGAACUAAUGUGAGUGUAAAGUGUUGUGAUUGUUUGAACAUGUGCGAAAUAACGAUAGCAAACUAUGAGGAGGAACUUUGUCCAACAAAAGAGAAGAAGGAGCGCCAACAACUACUGGACGCUGUUUUCAAGAAACAUCACGUUUUGUUACACAGAACAGACGUCCAGCAGCCCCCUCACAUUAAAGAAGAAGGGGAGGAUCCACAGCCACCCCACAUUAAAGAGGAAGAGGAGGAUCCACUGCCUCCUCACAUUAAAGAAGAAGAAGGGGGGGAUCCACAGCCACCCCACAUUAAAGAGGAAGAGGAUGAUCCACAGCCACCCCACAUUAAAGAGGAAGAGGAUGAUCCACCGUCACCCCACAUUAAAAAGGAAGAGGAGGAAGUGUGGAUCACUCAGGAGGGAGAGUGUCUUCUAGGGCAGGAGGAGGAUGAUCUCACCAAGUUUCCACUGACUGUUGCCUCUGUGAAGACUGAAGAGCAUGAAGACAAACCACCUGAGUCCUCACAGCUUCAUCACAGUCCAAACGUCUGUGAAGAACAACUUCUGCCUGAAAAACAGGAGUGUAGCUUCAGGAUGGUGAAGGAGCAGCCAUCAAAGAGGAAGAUGAGGCGCCACAGACCCUCUGGCGUCUCCUUUUCCUCUUUGACACAGACCCUUCCCUGUAAAAAGGAAGAGGAAGACUCACUGACCCCCCACAUUAAAAAGAAAGAGGAGGAACACAGCAUCAGUCAGGAGGGAGAUCAUCUUGAAGGACUGGUGGAGUUCCCAGUGAUUGGUGUCCCUGUGAAGAGUGAAGAUGAUGAGGUCAAAAGUGAAGAGAAGAGAGAGGCGAAGCCUCCAAGCAGCAGCUCAACACAACACAUGACAACAGAAGCUGAUGGAGACCACUGUGGAGGAUCACAAGCAGACAAGCUCUUAGCUUCACUAUCAGAUAGUGAGGACACAACGUCACACUCUCCUGACACUGAUGAUGAAGACUCUAAAGAUGAUAAGACAUGUCACACUGACAACACUCACUUGAAAUGUUCUGACUGUGACAAAACCUUUAAAUACCAUUGUCGUCUGAAAACACACAUGAAAACACACACUGGUGAAAAACAUUUUUCUUGUUCAAUCUGUGGCUUAUCUUUUACAAGGAAGGAAAAUAUGAAAGAGCACACAAAAACACAUAAAAGAGAAAACACUUUUUCGUGUUCUGUGUGUGAUUCAAAGUAUGUACGAAGUCAAAGUUUGAAAGAACACCUGAAAAGACACACUGGGGAAAACCUUCUUAAGUGUUCUAUGUGUAAUUCAAGUUUUGUCCAAAGUGAACAUUUGAAAGUACACAUGAGAACACACACAGGAGAAAAACCUUUUACCUGUUCACUCUGUAGUAAAGGUUUUGCACAAAGUCAAAAUUUGAAAGUACACAUGAGAACACACACUGGUGAAAAACCUUUUUCCUGUUCAACCUGUGGCUCAUCUUUUGCAAGGAAGGAACAUUUGAAAGUACACAUGAGAACACACACUGGUGAAAAACCUUUUUCCUGUUCAGUCUGUGGUAAAGGUUUUACAAAAAAAAAUGUGUUAAACGAACACAUGCCAAUACACACUGGAGAAAAACCUUUUACCUGUUCAAUAUGUGGUAAAAGUUUUACCAAAAAAAAUGUGUUAAACGAACACAUGUCAAUACACACUGGAGAAAAACCUUUUACCUGUUCAAUAUGUGGUAAAAGUUUUACACACAGUCAGGGUUUGAAAAAACACACAUUGUUACACACUGGUGAAAAACCUUUUAUCUGUUCAAUCUGUAGUAAAGGUUUUGUACAAAGUAACAAUUUGAAAGUACACAUGAGAACACACACUGGUGAAAAACCUUUUUCCUGUUCAGUCUGUGGUAAAGGUUUUACAGAAAGUCAAAAUUUAAAAACACACACGAGAAGACACACUGGUGAAAAAUCACAUUCCUGUUCAAUCUGCAACAGAAGCUUUUGUGAACGAUCAACCCUUAGAACACACAUGAGAACACACACAGGAGAGAAAGUGUUGAGUUGCAGUGUUUGUGGUGAAAGAUUCUCUUAUAAGUACCAGUGUAAGAAACACAAGUGUGCUGGUGAGAACAGCAGCAGCAAAUGAAGCGUCAGGAUUUGAAAUAAACUGUCAAAACUUUGAUUUUGACUUUUUAACAACAUCAGCAAAUAUAGCAUGUGUGAAAUUGUUUGUGUAACAAUCUUGUAAUAUGCUUCUACAUUUAUAGAUUAGUUAUUUUAUAUUAGUGUUUUUUUAACCCGAGUACGUGCAAAGCCAUUUAUCAACAACACCCAGAAACGCUGCUGGCUUUGAGGGCCCAAGGUCUUCUCAGAUGGACUGAUGCAAAGUGGAAACGUGUUCUGUGGUCUGAUGAGUCCUCAUUUCAAAUUGUUUUUGGAAAUUGUGGACGUUGUGUCCUCCAGACCAAAGAGGAAAAGAACCAUCCGUAUUGUUAUAGGUGCAAGGUUCAAAAGCCAGCAUCUGUGAUGGUAUGGGGGUGUAUUAGUGCCCAAAGCAUGGGUAACUUACACAUCUGUGAAGGCACCAUUAAUGCUGAAAGGUACAUACAGGUUUUGGAGCAACAUCUGUUGCCAUCCAAGCAAUGUCAUUUUCAUGGACGCCCCUGCUUAUUUCAGCAAGACAAUGCCAAGCCACGUGUUACAACAGCGUGGCUUCGUAGUAAACGAGUGUGUGUACCAGACUGGCAUGCCUGUAGUGCAGACCUGUCUCCCAUUGAAAAUGUGUGGCGCGUUAUGAAACCUAAAAUACCACAACGGAGAACCCGGAUUUUUGAACAACUUGAGCUGUACAUCAAGCAAGAAUGGGAAAUAAUUCCACCUGAAAAGCUUCAAAACUUGGUCUCCUCAGUCCGCAAACGUUUACUGAGUGUUGUUAAAAGGAAAGGCCAUGUAACACAGUGGCAAAAAUGCCCCUGUGAAAACUUGUUUGCAUUAAGUUGCUGCCAUUAAAUUCUAGUUUAUGAUUAUUUUAUUUUUUAUUUUUUAUUUUAAACAACAUAAAAAAAGACACAAGUUAAUGCUUACUUGCAAAAAAAUGUAUACGUUUCUCAGUUCGAACAUUAAAUAUCUUGUCUUUGCAGUCUAAUAAAUUGAAAUGGAUUUGUAAAUCGUUGUAUUCUCUUUUUAUUUACCAUUUACACAACGUGCCAACUUCACUGCUUGUGGGUUUUGUAGAUUCAUAAUACAAUUUUAGAUUUAUUCAUAAUAGUGUUUUUUAUAUGUGUUUGAAAUAUUGAAGUGUUACAUAUUUGUAUUUCUAAUUGUUAAUUAUCCCAUAGAUUAGCACCUUUAUAUGAUAUACAUAUGUACUGGUUCACAUCUGAAACAUCUUCUGGACCACUUCAGGAAGCAUAUUAUUUACUUUAUACAUCAUU